GCAACAUAUUGGAGAGGAAUGGCAGCGCUGUGGAUGCAACCAUUGCCACAAUGCUCUGCAAUGGACUACUGACCUCACAAAGCAUGGGCAUUGGCGGUGGCCUAAUAAUGAAUAUCUAUCAUCGAGAGUCUCAACAAGGCUAUCAGAUCGAUGCGCAAGCCGUGGCGCCCUAUGCUGCCCAUCAGAAGAUGUUCGAUAAGGAUGCCAAUGCCUCCAUUAUAGGACCGCUGAGCAUUGCAGUGCCUGGCGAGGUGAUGGGCUAUCAUUUGGCGCACAAACGUUUUGGCAAGUUGCCAUGGCGGACUCUAGUGGAGCCUUCCCUGAAAAUUUGCGAGACUGGAUAUCGAAUGAGCAACCAUCAGGCGUCAAAGGUGAAGAUGAUGUGGUCCUAUAUCAAGGAUAAUUUGCAAUAUCAAUCCGUGUUUCUGAAUGAGGAAACGGGCGAACACCACCAGGAGGGAGCAAUGCUGAAGCCACCGGCAAAACUGUGCAACACGUACAAACUACUAGCUGAAAAUGGCCCAAUGGACUUUUACAACGGCACCGUGGCAAAAAUGCUCGCCGAGGAUCUGAAGGAGUUAGGCAGCAUUAUAACACAAGACGAUUUGGAUACGUACACGGCAGAUUUGCGUCUGUCCGUCACCAUGCCACUGGGCAACGACACUCUGUAUGCCGUGCCGCCGGUGAGCAGUGGAUCUGUCGUCGCUCACAUACUGGGCAUUCUCGAAGGCUUUAAUUUCACACGGGCUGAUUUGGCGGACGAUGAGGCAUAUGCCCUGACCAUACAUCGGAUUACGGAGGCGUUGAAGUUCGGAUUCGCACAUCGUCCAGAGCUGGGCGAUCCGCGUUUCAAUGACAUUCGCGAACUGGUCAGCCAGCUCACCAAUCCCCAAUAUGCUGCCCAGCAGCGCGCCAAGAUCAAUGACAACCAAGUGUUAGGUAGCCCGCAAGAUUACGGUGCACUGCUCAGCUCCGAAGAAGAUCCGUAUGGCACUUCAUCCUUUGCUGUGCUAGCGCCGAACGGCGAUGCCGUGUCAGUGACCAGCUCCAUCAAUAACUACUUUGGUUCAAGUUUGAUUGGCCCCCGCACUGGCAUUAUCUUAAACGAUUGCAUGAACGACUUUUCCGUCAAAGAGAAUAUGUUCAAUCUGCCACAGUCGCAAGCAAACACAAUAGAUUUACACAAGCGCCCCAUGUCAUCGCAGUCCCCAAUGCUGCUCGCGGAUCGAGAUGGCAAUAUCCGUCUAGCAAUUGGAGCUGCCGGUGGCACCAAGAUAGUGGGAGGCAUAGUCGAGGUGGCCGCCCGCUUUCUCUGGUUCGGCGAAGACCUAAAAAUGGCCGAAGAUGCGCCACGGUUUUACAAUCAGCUAUUCCCCAAUGUUCUCCAGUACGAAGACGGAAAGUUCUCAGAGAAUGUGCUCAGUCUGCUGCGAAAGCGGGGGCACGUUCUUCAGCCAUUGUCGCAGAAAGCCUCUUCUGUGGUCUGUGCCAUCGGCCGCAAUGCGACAGCGAUCUAUGCAAAUGCCGAUGGACGGAAGCAGGGCGGUGUUGGUGGGUUCUAAAUGGAAGCAUGCACACAAACACACACAUAUACACUUACACACACACCCACACACACACUCAUAAACGCAUAAACAAACACUCUAGCGUAUCGUUCAAGUGAGAUUAGAUUGAUGAGAAUAU